GUGAAGUCAGCGGUCGCGAGCCAUCUACUUUCAUGUUUUCACCCCUUCUAUGUCAAUGCAGCAGAUUUGCUUUUCUAGCCGCACAAACAGAUGCCGUGGACUUUAGACAAACUAUCAUUUGUGCAGGAAGACUCGUUACCACAAAGUGUGAUAGCACAAAAUAGGAUAAGUGAAGAAAACUCAGAAUUGAACAAUGAUAGAACAGUAACCAACCCAUUCGGUAUUGGUUUGCGAGUUGUUCCUCGACAUGACGCGAAAUCAGAUGAGGCCGACGGUGGUGGUGUCUCAGGAGGACUCUUAGGUACAGUUGUCGAGUUUAUUGAGAAUUCUGCUGAUGUAUCUGAGAAGAUGGCUGUGGUGCAAUGGGACGAUGGAGCUUGUGACACUUACAAAGCAAACUGUAAUGGUGACUUCGAUCUUUGUAUUUUUGAUAUGUCUUCUUUGGGUAUAAAGCAUGAAGGUUUCGUGUGCUGUACAUGCAAUCAAGACCCGAUUCUCGGGAUCCGUUGGAACUGCCUGGAUUGCAAGGAAACUUCGGUGAACCUGUGUUCAUCUUGUUACAUGGCCGAUGAACACAACCCAGCACAUGCCUUCCGGAGACACAAUUCCGCCGAUGACCACGGAGUUCGCGUGGACAGAAGAAAUAAUACAGAAGAAAUCCAUGCAAGAGGUAUCUUCCUAGAUGCACAGGUUGUGAGGGGUCGUGACUGGGAAUAUGGAAAUACGGAUGGAAAUUCUUCCGGAAUAGUGACAAAAAUAACAUUUUGGCCCGGGAGCAAUGCCAUUGCAGUUCACGUUUCAUGGGAAGUUGGUACAGAAGGCACCUAUCGAAUGGGUCCUGACGGAAAGGUGGAUUUGAAGUGUAUAACUGCAGCCUCUGGCGGUCUCUUCUACAAGUCUCACCUACCAAGACUUGGACCUUCUCCACUGACAUCACCCGACGUAGAACAAAGCCCAGACGAACCGGUUACAGAGUUGAAAUCGAGCUCUCCAGCAGGCGAACAAGAAAAUUCUUUGGUUAAAAGUCAUGACCGUAGCAUUUGCCCUCUAUGCAGAAAGUCUGCUUCAACAGUCAGAGCAGGAUUACAACCACAUGAAAGGGCGAAAGGAGUUAAGGCUUGGAGAUCUUCUCUGCAUCGAGCAUCAAUCAGUGGGGAUUGGCACUUGGUGAAGAGUCUUCUGGCAGAUGGCAAGGAUGUUGACCAAAGAGACAAGUUUUUGUUGACGCCCCUUCACCUGGCAUCAUGGUAUGGGCGCGAGCGUGUGGUCGAUUUGUUGUUAAGGCACGGUGCGAACAUUAACGCUGUGGACAGGUUUCAGAAAACACCUCUUCAAAAGGCUGAGCGACGCAAUCACCGCUCCAUAGUGAAACUGCUACUCAGUUUUGGUGCAUCAAAAAGUUUUAAACAGCCGCUUAGUCUCGCAUCACUUUCGAAGAUGGCUUUCUUAGCGACUGAUAACAGCUCUGGGUUUAAUAUGCUACAGGCUGCCGUGCAUGAGGGAGAUUAUCCCACAAUUGUAGCUGCCAGUGUCUACAUUAAUAACUUCUUGGAGCAAAUGGAUAUGAUAAGGACUCUAACUAGCGCUAGAUCAUUUCCUGGAAAAACUGCUUUAGAAAUUGUUUCUGACUUGAACAAGGAAGGACACGCCAACAUUAAGCAGAUGUAUUUAGACCAGAAGAAGAAUGUGGCUACAGUUACAGAGCUCCACAAAUGUGCUGAUGAUAGCGAUGCUGAAAAAGCGGUCGAGCUCGUUUUACAACAUGGUAUCGAUGUGAACAUCGAGGCUAAAGGUAAUCGAACGCCUCUUCUGUGGGCCAGUUUACGAUCUUCCAGUCUAUUUUUAAAGACACUCAUUGACCUCGGCGCUGACACAGAGUUUCAAAGGGAAGACCAAUGUACCCCCUUGAUGAUGGCGACAUAUUGGAACAAUUACAUGGCCGUCUACUGCCUCACCGGACUAGGGAUGGAUGCAGACGCAAGAUGCAACACGGGUCAUGCUGCACUGCAUUUUGCAGUGAUGAAAGGAUUUUUUCAUAUUUCCAAUCUCCUAGUACGAUCUGGGUGCAGUGUUACCUUGAAGACCAAAAGUGGUAAGACACCACUUCGUCUGGCAGUUCAAAAUGGACAUAAACACCUCGUGAGGCUUUUGCUGGAAAACAAUGCCGAUGUGAAUAUGCGCGAUGAAAGUAAUCCAAAAGAAAGGCUAUUUCUUGUUCGGGGCAAGGAGAAAGGAAGACCAACCUGGUAUUAUGUCAUGGUGGAGAGAUCUCUUUUGGGUUUGUUUCUGAAACGAACUCACGGAGGCAGACUAGAUGUAAAUAACUUCGGUACUGUUCUUCAAUCAGGAUCGGGGAUGCCUCCUUCAGAAGCCGAAAUAACAGAAAUUUUGAACAAUUCGAAUGAGUUUCGAAAAGAUUCCGUAGGAAAGACACCACUUCACAUUGCGUGUGAAAUCAAAGAUGAAAACCUUGAAGUUGUUGACCUUUUGGUUAAGCAUGGUGGAAAGAUAGAUGCGCGAGAUGGAGAUGGCUUUACUCCCCUGCAAACGGCGGCAAUACUAGGCAAGAUUCAGACUGUUAAAAAGCUUGUGGAACUCAAAGCCAACGUCUACUUGACCACGAAUGAUGGAAAAGAUGCAGCUGACCUAGCUCAAAUGAAUGAAGAACCUGUGAUAGAGGAAUACCUCAAAUCAAGAAUGAGCCCCUUCAGGAGGAUUUGGAAGUCAUUAUUCAGAGAUUAGAAGAGCAAACAAACCGUAUUGUCAUUUGGGCUGAGUCAAUAGCAUUCAGGAGAAUACAACUACUCAUCCGUUCUUUCAUGGGUUGUCUUAAUGUUACAGUACUAGGAUUGCGUGCUUUAAAUAUUGCUGAUUCCUCAAACGAAACCAAACUGUUUCCCUUGAGCUAAACCAAUUUGUUAAGGUACCGACUCGCCAUUUCCCAAUAACCCGAAUCAAAAUUUAAUUAAAGUUAUUGAUUUUCA